CAGCCCAACCGGAUACCCCACUGGUCACUACCCCAACUGUCACCGCCCGUCACCGCCAGAUCCAAACUUUUCCGAUCUGAAAACCUAGCAACCAAGAACCCUAACCGACGGAAACACUCGACGGAACCAUCAAAGUCACGGAAAAAGAAUAAGACGAUGUCAAUUGGUGGAUGUGAACUUCGAGCGAGGGAGUUGAGGUUGCUUGCAACAGUGAUGGUGGGUGAGGGUGGAGCAGCGAACGACGAAGUGGCAUGACGGCAAAUUAGAGACGAAGGAUUGGUCGCACAAAUAGACGGACUGGGCGCAGAGAUGGAGAGGUGGGUGUUGAGGAAGCCAGGGUAAUUUGGUCUCUCUGCUUUUAGUUCGGUCUUAUUUAUGUCCAAAUUGGCAUGUGGUCCUAUAUACGUCUUUGAGGACCAUAAAACUGCGAUUCGAGUCAUUCUUUCAUGUAAGUAAAUGCUAAUUUAUUACUCCGUACAACAUAUUCAUUAUAAAUGGUGUAUAUUCAUUGCACAAAUCUCUCUUAAAAUUGAGUUACUCUUAAAGUUGUAUAAGAACAAACUACAUGAGUCUUGAAUAAUAUAGAAGAUAAAAACUAUGAAAGAACAAGCAAAAAGAUAGAAAGAGCAUAUCCAAAACUCUAACUAACAUGGAUAAGCAAGAGCAUAAUCACUAUAUCAAUUAUCAAAUAUAUGAUGCAAAUGUUGGAGUAACAUAAUUUUGCCACUCCACAAAGUUGUACAAUAAACUUGUGUGGCAUACACCAUUGAAAUUUUAACAUGUAGCUCAUUUGCACUAUUAAGGAGUUUCUACAAUAUACUCCAUUAAUGAAAACCAUUACUCCAUCCAUUUUGAAAAUAACUUCACAAUUUCAAUUUAUAUUUGUACCUCUAUUUUAAGUCAAAUCAAAUAAAAAAUGAGUAAAAAGUAAAAACAGUUAUGUCAUUUAUUGUUGAACGUUUUCUUUUUAUAUAGAUGUGGGGUUAUUUUGGGAGACCGAAAUAAGAAAGUGAGAAGUUCUAUUGAGGACGGGAGUAAUAUAUAUUUCUCGAAUGCAUUACACUUUAUCUUCUAUGCAAUGUGUGCUUAAAGGUCAAGGUCAUUCACAUUUCACAAUACUUGAUUUGUUUUUAUCCAUUUCCAAAGUUGACUAGAAAUUGGAUAAUCAUGUAGUGUGUAGAUUAUUUUGAACUUUUAGUACAUUUCUAAGCACACCAUAAUUAUAAUUAAAAUUUUCUUAUCACUCACAUGUUACAACCUCCCCCUUUUCCAUCUUUUGCAUGAAUUACUAAGUCAUUUCUUUUACACUUCUAAUCUCAAAAUUCAUGAAUUUCUAUUCACACUCUAAGGGCUUCUAGAGACCAUUGGUGGUCCAAUAUCAACUCAUAGUCAACAACGAGGUAAACUCGAAAUUUUAUUCCUACCCCCUCUCAUUCUCAUAACAGGGAGGUAGUGUAUGUGUGAAUUAUAAAAAGAAGAAAUUUUAUCAAUCCAAGACCUGCAAAAUAGAUGAAUUAUCAAUCUGGGACCUUAAAUAUCAAAUGCAUCGAUAUAUGACCUGAAUGAUGAAAAACAUCAAUUUAGAACCUGAAUGAUUGAAAAAUAUUAAUCUAGGACCUAAGUUGUCAUAUUUUUUUUUUAUGAAAGCGGCUUACAUAUAAAUCAAACUAUUUGGAGAGUAGGUAAAAAGACAAAGUAACUUAAGAAAACCGCCGUCCCGCGAACCAGAGUCGGAGUCAAUCACCUCAGUAAUAUAACUCACUGGUCCAAAAUGGGGCACAACUGAGCCAAUGACGGUAAUCACAGUUAAAUCAUCACCCACAUCCAAAUUCAAAACCAUCGUUUUACAAUCAGAUAGCAAGCAAAAACAACCAACACGAAACAAAAGACCAGUUUGAACCAAAAAUAAAACAGCAAAAAAAGAUAAUAUGACCGAAAUCCCAAGGCAGAACAAAACAACACCAAUCCGCCCCUUCCUGCCUCUUUCCUGCCCAUGACAAGCCUACCCCUCUAAGCCCAUCUCUUCUCCAUCUUUUGUUCCAUCCAGAGCCAUCUUGUCCCCUCCUUGGUUUUGAGUUGUCCCUAUUUCCCAGAUAUGCCUCCGUUUCUCUCCUGUAGAUUCUUCAUUCUAUUUCACAACCACUUCCUUAUUGAAGCCACUACCCGAGUCUACUGUAACAUCCUUGUCUCCUAGUGCUCUCCCGCCCAUCCCCUGCUCCUCCCAUCCCUUCCCAAAGUCGAGCCUUACCCAACUAACCACUUAUUUUUCCCUGUUGGGCUGGUCUUCACCCCACCUCCUACCCUUAGAGACGCAUCAAAUCUUUUUUCCAGUAUUAGGCCUUCCUCAUACAUUAGCGGACAAAAUUUCUCGGAGUGCCCAAUAACUCCGCAAACAAAGCAAAAGUUAGGUAGCUUUUCAUACUCAAAAUCCACCCAAUAACCAACUCUCUUUUUUUUCAGAGUUGUGCCCUUUUUCAGAGGAAGUUCCACCUUAAUACAUGCUCUAACACGUAGAUAAGACUUCCACUAUUCCCCAUAAUUAUUUUUAUCGUAGUUAACAAAACUACCAAAAAAAUUGCCCACUUUUCUAGCAAUUCCUAAAUUCAACAGACAAUCGGGAACAUUAUGAACUCUCACCCAGAAUUUGCUUCAUUCAGAGAAAUCUUAUGUGGAAUAUCAGUUGGUUUUAUUUCUUUCGCAAUCAGUAAAUUCCUCUCAAACUGCCAAGGACCUCCAUGAACCACACAUUUCAUAUUAACAGGGUGAUUAAAGUUAAAGAUAUACCUUUUCUCAUCGAUCUCCUUGACCUCCGCCCCUCUUCCCGCUCUCUGAAAGCUGAAAAUUGAUCUUCCUGUCAGUAAUCAGUGCACCUGCUACCGGGAAGGCCAGUCGCUCCACCUCUCGAGAUUCUUCCUCGGCUUUGAGGUCAUCACAGACCAGCUCCGCCUCCUUGUCUGCUACGCUCAUCCUUCGAUACCGGUCAGCGAUGGUCUCCAUUCCGAUCCCGUAAUUUGUGAACGAAAAUCGUUCCCUUCAUCUUCGGACUCCCUGGUCGUCGCGAAUCCCCUGCAGCUUCAACCCUUUAAAAAAUUAGUCCUUCCCUCACCGAAACCUUCCUGUUUCUGACCUCCCCAAUGCAACGACGUCCAAAGCCAAACCACACCUCGUCGAUGUCGCCGAGAUCGGACUAAGAACCCUAGUGGCACUAAUGCCCUAGAGAGAGAACUAGGGGGCUGUUAUUAUGAAGUUCGUUAAAUACAUUUUAAAUUAAUUUGAAUAAUAUAAGUUGUCAUAAAUUUUAUUAUUACUUUUAUUUUAAAAUUUUUGAACAUUAUUUAGUUUUAUUAAACUCAUAAAAUUUUGUUAAGAAAAGUUUAUAAAAAAUUAGUAAUGGAACUAAUAUAAUAAAUAAAUAAAUCAAAAUAUAUGAAAUGUGUUGGGAUAUAUUAUCCCGGCCUAUUACUGUUCAGGAGCCCAAGACAUUAUCCAGUACGGAGCCCGAGCAGAUAGGCCCGUUUCGGCCCAUUAGGCCCGAUAUUGGCCCGUUUGGCCCAUUAGGGUGGAGAGCCCCUUCUCCCCUUCCCCUAUUUAUAGGAGGCUUCCCUCCAUGUUUUAGGGAGCCUUUUCCGGAGCUUCUUCUUCCUUCUUUCUCUCUAGCUAGCUCAAUACUCCAUAAAUGGAGCUCAAAAUGUACUAUGUAAUGGUGAGGAGAGUCCUAAUGAGAAAGAGAGGGCUUGGACAUUAGCCUAAAAAGUCCCGUGGUUUUCUCCCUUUCGGGUUUCCACGUAAAAACUGAGUUGUUCAUACACAUUUAUACAUAUAUUUACUAUAUCGUGUUGGAUUAAACUCAACACUGGCGCCGUCUGUGGGAAUCCGUCCAAAAAGAUUCGUGUGUUCUACUGUUCUUGAGUUUCUGCAAAAAUUCAUACGAAGUGGACUGAUUCUAGCAAAAUGAAAAAGAAAAAAUCUGGAAGUUUGGUCUGGGGAAGCUCUGGAUCCGCCGCCAGCAGCUCCGUCCAACAGACCGAUGAAGAAGAAAAGCAAAGAAGAAGUGUUCUGGAAAGGAAAAGGAAGAAGAAGGUACGAAGUGAAAAAGAAGAGAAAAAAGAUGUUGUAAACGUUCAGAUCCAGAUAUAGUCGGAAGGAGUAACCAUGGCCGACUCAGCCGGCGGCGAUGCGGCUCCGAGCCAGGGGUGGAGUGCGAACUCCGGUCUGCCUCGAGUUUCAUCACCCCAGCCGCAGCUCCUUCAUCAAGCCGAAGUACCGGUGGGCGUCGUGGCAGUGGACGAAUCCACCUCAACCUCGGGACAGAUGGGUUUCCGCCAUUAAUGGCGGUUUGGAGCUCAUAAAGGUGUGUAUUUCGGAGUUCCAACCACCGUACUCCGUAUACUAUUGCUCUGCUGCGACCACGAUCCCCUCUGACCGCCCGUGCUCUGCUGCAACCACCAUACCGCCGGCAGAAGGUGGCCGGCGUAUGAGCUACGUCCGAGUUGAUAGAGGGAGCUCCACCUGCCUUCUUAGAGAUACACUGUAUAUAAUGAAUAUGGCCCUCAGAAGACCACGUCUGCGUGUUUGGAGCCAAGCAAUGGGGGGCCACCUUCUUUGGGGAGUUUUGACCAAGUCACAAUAUGUUGGAAGCUCAAUUUGAUCAAGUCAGACCUUUUCAUCUAACCGAAACUUAUCUCAAGAGCUAAGUAUCACAUAUGCUUCCUCAUUCACAUGUUAAUUAAGUUUCAAUAAUGUUAUUGCUAUUAAUUAUUAUCACAUUAUUUAAUAGGGAUAAAAGUAUCCCGAACUUAAAUAAUGUCGAGCAUGGCUCAAGUGAGUAACGCUCUUGUGGUAAUAAUUACUUUUCACCGUCAUUUUAAUUAAUGAUUGGUUGUUAUGGGCCCGUCGGCCCGCUCCUGAUCGGCUUUAAUUAGCGAGCGGAGUAUACUUGAAUGGCCUUUGAUAGGGAAAUAUCAUUGUUAUUGCCUGUUACAUCACUAUUAUUUAUUAGGGAUAAAAUGUCCCGAAUUAAAUAAUGUGGAGCGAAGCUCUGGUGAUGGUUGGUUCAGCCAACAUUUUAUUAAAUAUUUAAUUUCUCGUGGGCCUGUUGGCCCACUCUCGAUCAGUUUGAUUAAGUGAUCCGAGCGUCUCCAGAAAGGCGAUGCCCCGACGACGCAUUUUAAUUUGGGGGUUACGCAUUAGUCUGCACGGCAUCAAGUGCCCGAGCGACGAUCAUACCUCAAUGUAAUCUACGCCAUUAGGCGCGGAGUGACUAUUGCCGAACGUGGCCUAUGGCGCCCGAGGGCACCAAAGCACUCAACCUCGUUUUUCCGAGGGCAGUGCGACCAACUUGGGUUUGAGUUUGAGAACUCAUAGACCAAUGAUUAUAUUUAUGUGACGUUCGGCGGGCUGCUGAUUGGCCCCGCCGCGAGCUGCUACGUCCAUUAACCCCGCACGAUGAGCCGGGCCUAGGGUCACGAUGACCCCUAGGCCGGUAAUCGUGGAUGUUAAAGAUAAAGCCAUGCAGAUGGCCAUGUGUGCAUACAUAUUGUCGGGCCGUGCGGCCCGUUACCAUGCUUAUUGCGCAGCUGAAGCCGCUCGACGCGCUCGAGCGAAAUGAUUAAAAGACGCUCGGCCUGAGUCUCAAGGACGUUCAGGGUCAGCUAAAGAGGAGACCAUCACGGCUGAGAGCCGAGAGACGAGCAUCUCCACCCCAGAGACCGAUGGCCUAGGAAGAACACCUAGAGGCCGGGGGUCUAGAGUGGACUACCACGACGGAGGACCGUGAGACGAUCAUCCAUCAUUCAGAGGCCGAGGGCCUAGAGGAGACCAUCACGGUUGAGAACCGUUGGACGAGCAUCUCCACCCCAGAGACCGAUGGCCUAGGAAGAACACCUAGAGGCCGGGGGUCUAGAGUGGACUACCACGACGGAGGACCGUGAGACGAUCAUCCAUCAUUCAGAGGCCGAGGGCCUAGAGGAGACCAUCACGGUUGAGAACCGUUGGACGAGCAUCUCCACCCCAGAGACCGAUGGCCUAGGAAGAACACCUAGAGGCCGAGGGUCUAGAGUGGACUACCACGGCGGAGGACCGUGAGACGUUCAUCCAUCAUUCAGAGGCCGAGGGCCUAGAGGAGACCAUCACGGCCGAGGGCCGUGAGACCAUCCUGAUUUCAGAUCGGCCUCUCAUUGCUGACGUCAUUACAUCAUGACCGGCCUCUCGGCACGGCAUGAUUAUUUUAUUUGAAGACCGGGCUCAUCCCCGCGCUGCGCGGACGAUGACCGUUGCUGGAUUUCUUUCAGGUCGGCUUCUCAUCGCCGACAUCAUUAUAUCACGACCGGCCUCUCGAACCGGCUUGAUUAUCAUAUUCGAAGACCGGCCUCGUCCCUGCCACCUCGCGGACGAGGACCGUUGCUUGACCAUAUCUUGAUCGGCAUCUCAUUGCCGACAUUAUCAUACCACGACCGGCCCCUCGGCUCGGCGUGUUCAUAUUUGAAGACCGGCCUCGUCCCCGCACUGCGCGGAUGAGGACCGUUGCUUGUUUUCUCAGAUCGGCCUCUCAUUGCCGAUGUCGUUAUAUCACGACCGGCCCCUCGACUCGGCGUGUUCAUAUUUGAAGACCGGCCUCGUCCCCGCACUGCGCGGAUGAGGACCGUUGCUUGAUUUUCUCAGAUCGGCCGCUCAUUGCCGACACCAUUAUACCACGACCGGCCUCUCGGCUCGGCGUGCUUAUCUCUUGAAGACCGGCCUCGUCCCCGCCACCCCGCGGACGAGGACCGUUGUUUGAUUCUUUCGGGUCGGCCUCUCACUGCCGACACUAUCAUGUUAUGUUCGGCCUCUCGGCACGACAUAUUUACCUUUUGAAGACCGGUUUCAUCCCCGCGCUGCGUUGGAUGAGAGCCGUUGCUCGGAUAUAUCGGCCUGACUGGACACUAUUGCCAUCUCCGUUAUCAGGACCGACUGCCCAGCGAUAUUAUGAUCAUUGUAUAUCGGCUCCCAAUGCCGACCUUCUUGAGUCAGCGAUCGGGCUCACCCCUCCCCUCCAGGAGGGUGACCAUCGCCUUCGCAUGACGACCAGCUAUUCCGUCGCCUCGUCAUUUUAUUCGUUUUGGUAUGCCACCACCAUUAUGUGUGACAUCCCGUGAUCCCUGCGAGUUUCUUGGAUACCGAAUGUCUUCUUCGAUGUAGGAAGAUCGGUAGGACCACGGACCAGGGACGGACGAACGAAGCACCAGGGAAUCUCGAUGCAGAUAAACUUGUUCCUCCUUGCGAUGUCUGCGGAUACCGAACGUCUCCUCGAAGUAAGGACGCCGGUAGGACCAAGGACCAAGGACGAACGAAGCACCAGGGAAUCUCGAUGCAGAUAAACCUGUUCCUCCUUGCGAUGUCUGCGGAUACCGAACGUCUCCUCGAAGUAAGGACGCCGGUAGGACCAAGGACCACGGACGAACGAAGCACCAGGGAAUCUCGAUGCAGAUAAACCUGUUCCUCCUUGCGAUGUCUGCGGAUACCGAACGUCUCCUCGAAGUAAGGACGCCGGUAGGACCAAGGACCAGGGACGAACGAAGCACCAGGGAAUCUCGAUGCAGAUAAAUCUGUUCCUCAUUGAGAUGUCCGCGGAUACCGAACGUCUCCUCGAAGUAGGAACGCCGGUAGGACCAAGGACCAAUGACGAACGAAGAGUAUAGAUUGCCUCCCUCAAAAAAAAAAAAAAAAAAAAAGAUGGGGAGAAGAGGAGGGUAGCUCCUAUGUGGAAGGGAAUCUUGCCCGGGUGUGCCAGAUCUUCUCCCACCGCCGAAGACGAACGCCUCUCGAUGUAGAGGUUAGUAGAGACGCGGAGGGGGCUAGACGAACCAAGGGAGCCUUGCCAAGAUAAACCUGUUCAUCCCACAAUGACCAUGGAUCGAUGGACGUGGGAUAACAAAGACGGGAACCCGUGAGGGUAAACCAGUUCGUCCCUGCGAGUUCCUUGGGUACCGAACGUUUUCUUCGAUGCAAGAGACGCCGGUAAGGCUAAAAGGACCAGGGACGAACGAAAAAGGGGGAAUCUCGAUGUAGAUAUACCUGUUCCUCAUUGCGAUGUCCGCGGAUACCGAACGUAUCUUCGAUGUAAGAACGCCGGUAGGACCAAGGACCAAUGACGAACGAAGACUAAAAGACUCCAAAAAAAAAAAAAAAAAAAAAAGAUGCCAGAAGAGCACGGAGCAAAGAAUGAUUUUAUCCCUUGGCACUAUUGGCUGUGAAGUACAAACUGAAAAACAUAUGUAAAGAAUAAUUACAAGACUUAAGUACGAAGAAUGAAGUGGCCGACGACGAUCGGCUAACAUCAGGUUUUCCUUUGCCUCGAACGACGAUUAGCUCCCCAGAUCAAGUAGAAGGGACAUCGCCCAGAUUUAUUUCAGGCUCACCAUUCCCUCCCGGAUGGAGUCCUGGCAGACGAUCGGCUUCUCACAGCCAAUCAGGGGAGAUACUUGACACAUCACCAGCACGGCCGAGGGCCGUGAGACGAUUACCACUCACCGACAGGCCGAGGGCCAUGAGAUGAUCAUCACUAGUUUUCUGUAUCACGAUCGGCCCCUCAGCGCCAUCGUGUCCAGACUCACGGUUCGUCUUGCCCAUUCCCUCCAGGAUGGCGACGACCGUCUUAUGCAGUACGAUCGGCCCCUCAGCGCCAUCGUACCCAGCUCACGUUCAGCUCGUCCAUCCCUUCCAGGGUGGCGACGAACGUCUUAUGCAUCACGAUCGGCCCCUCAGCGCCAUCGUGUCCAGACUCACGGUUCGUCUUGCCCAUUCCCUCCAGGAUGGCGACGACCGUCUUAUGCAGUACGAUCGGCCCCUCAGCGCCAUCGUACCCAGCUCACGUUUAGCUCGUCCAUCCCUUCCAGGGUGGCGACGAACGUCUUAUGCAUCACGAUCGGCCCCUCAGCGCCAUCGUGUCCAGACUCACGGUUCGUCUUGCCCAUUCCCUCCAGGAUGGCGACGACCGUCUUAUGCAGUGCGAUCGGCCCCUCAGCGCCAUCGUACCCCGCUCACGUUCAGCUCGUCCAUCCCCUCCAGGAUGGUGAUGAACGUCUUAUGCAGUACGAUCGGCCCCUCAGCGCCAUCGUACCCCGCUCACGUUCAGCUCGUCCAUCCCCUCCAGGAUGGUGAUGAACGUCUUAUGCAGUACGAUCGGCCCCUCAGCGCCAUCGUACCCAGCUCACGUUCAGCUCGUCCAUCCCCUCCAGGAUGGUGAUGAACGUCUUAUGCAGUGCGAUCGGCCCCUCAGCGCCAUCGUACCUGGCUUCACGGUUCGGCUCGCCCAUCCCCUCCAGGAUGGCGACGAACGUCUUAUUCAGCACGAUCGGCUUCUCAGCGCCGUCGUGUCUCUUUCACGUUCAGAUCGCCCCAUUCCCUUCCAGGAUGGCGACGAACGUCUUAUGCAGUGCGAUCGGCCCCUCGGCGCCAUCGUACUUGGCUUCACGGUUCGGCUCGCCCAUUCCCUCCAGGAUGGCGACGACCGUCUUAUGCAGUACGAUCGGCCCCUUAGCGCCAUCGUACCCAGCUCACGUUCAGCUCGUCCAUCCCCUCCAGGAUGGUGAUGAACGUCUUAUGCAGUACGAUCGGCCCCUCAGCGCCAUCAUACCCAGCUCACGUUCAGCUCGUCCAUCCCCUCCAGGAUGGUGAUGAACGUCUUAUGCAGUGCGAUCGGCCCCUCAGCGCCAUCGUACCUGGCUUCACGGUUCGGCUCGCCCAUCCCCUCCAGGAUGGCGACGAACGUCUUAUGCAGCACGAUCGGCUUCUCAGCGCCGUCGUGUCUCUUUCACGUUCGGAUCGCCCCAUUCCCUUCCAGGAUGGCGACGAACGUCUUAUGCAGUGCGAUCGGUCCCUCGGCGCCAUCGUACUUGGCUUCACGGUUCGGCUCGCCCUUUCCCUCCAGGAUGGCGACGACCGUCUUGUGCAGCACGAUCGGCUUCUCAGCGCCAUCGUGUCUCUUUCACGUUCGGCUCGCCCAUUCCCUCCAGGAUGGCGACGAACGUCUUCUGCAGUGCGAUCGGCCCCUCAGCGCCAUCGUACCUGGCUUCACGGUUCGGCUCGCCCAUUCCCUCCAGGAUGGCGACGACCGUCUUAUGUAGCACGAUCGGCUUCUCAGCGCCAUCGUGUCUCUUUCACGUUCGGAUCGCCCCAUUCCCUCCAGGAUGGCGACGAACGUCUUAUGCAGUACGAUCGGCCCCUCAGCGCCAUCGUACCUUUCUUCACGGUUCGGCUCGCCCACUCCCUCCAGGAUGGCGACGACCGUCUUAUGUAGCACGAUCGGCCCCUCAGCGCCAUCGUGUCUCUUUCACGUUCGGAUCGCCCUAUUCCCUCCAGGAUGGCGACGAACGUCUUCUGCAGUGCGAUCGGCCCCUCAGCGCCAUCGUACCUGGCUUCACGGUUCGGCUCGCCCACUCCCUCCAGGAUGGCGACGACCGUCUUAUGUAGCACGAUCGGCCCCUCAGCGCCAUCGUGUCUCUUUCACGUUCGUAUCGCCCUAUUCCCUCCAGGAUGGCGACGAACGUCUUAUGCAGUACGAUCGGCCCCUCAGCGCCAUCGUACCUGGCUUCACGGUUCGGCUCGCCCAUUCCCUCCAGGAUGGCGACGACCGUCUUAUGCAGCACGAUCAGCGCCCCAGCGCCAUCGUGUCUGGCUCACGUUAGGGUCGCCCAUCCCUUCCAGGAUGGCGACGAACGUCUCUUAUGUAGCACGAUCGGCCCCUCAGUGCCAUCGUGUCUCUUUCACGUUCGGAUCGCCCUAUUCCCUCCAGGAUGGCGACGAACGUCUUAUGCAGUACGAUCGGCCCCUCAGCGCCAUCGUACCUGGCUUCACGGUUCGGCUCGCCCAUUCCCUCCAGGAUGGCGACGACCGUCUUAUGCAGCACGAUCAGCGCCCCAGCGCCAUCGUGUCUGGCUCACGUUAGGGUCGCCCAUCCCUUUCAGGAUGGCGACGAACGUCUCUUAUGCAACACGAUCAGCGCCCCAGCGUCAUCAUGUCUGGCUCACGUUAGGGUCGCCCAUCCCUUCCAGGAUGGCGACGAACGUCUCUUAUGCAGCACGAUCAGCGCCCCAGCGCCAUCGUGUCUGGCUCACGUUAGGGUCGCCCAUCCCUUUCAGGAUGGCGACGAACGUCUCUUAUGCAGCACGAUCAGCGCCCGAGCGCCAUCGUGUCUGGCUCACGUUAGGGUCGCCCAUCCCUUUCAGGAUGGCGACGAACGUCUCUUAUGCAGCACGAUCAGCGCCCCAGCGCCAUCGUGUCUGGCUCACGUUAGGGUCGCCCAUCCCUUUCAGGAUGGCGACGAACGUCUCUUAUGCAGCAUGUCUGCCUCUCGGCGCUGACAUGCUCGAGUUCUCAUUGAGAGCUACCGCUCCUAUCACAUCUUGCAUUCCCUCUCUCAUACAUUGCACCCAUACAUUACAUGCAUUCAUGCAUCAUACCUCAUACAUUCAUACAUACACACGUGCAUCAUGUUUUGACAGUACCGCGACGUCGGUUUAUAGAUGCAUGGACCUCUAAGCUUCUCCGUUGGAAAGCUCGAGUCAGGGUCCUUUACUCUCGCCUGAUGCAUUCAGGGGGAGGGUGCCCGUGGAGGAGCACCCUUCGCCCAACCCCGUCGGGAACGGGGGUGCCUCACUGGUAGAUUACGUUCAGGAGUGCAGACACUCACCCAUAUAUUAUGAUUAUGUGAAGACACAGUUUCCAGCAAGACAGAGGAAGAGCGCAGACAGAGUAUAUUUUCUCGAGCAGAUUCGCGUGCUCACUACUCAAAAACUGGGGGACUUGUGUUGGGAUAUAUUAUCCCGGCCUAUUACUGUUCAGGAGCCCAAGACAUUAUCCAGUACGGAGCCCGAGCAGAUAGGCCCGUUUCGGCCCAUUAGGCCCGAUAUUGGCCCGUUUGGCCCAUUAGGGUGGAGAGCCCCUUCUCCCCUUCCCCUAUUUAUAGGAGGCUUCCCUCCAUGUUUUAGGGAGCCUUUUCCGGAGCUUCUUCUUCCUUCUUUCUCUCUAGCUAGCUCAAUACUCCAUAAAUGGAGCUCAAAAUGUACUAUGUAAUGGUGAGGAGAGUCCUAAUGAGAAAGAGAGGGCUUGGACAUUAGCCUAAAAAGUCCCGUGGUUUUCUCCCUUUCGGGUUUCCACGUAAAAACUGAGUUGUUCAUACACAUUUAUACAUAUAUUUAC